GCUGAAGACGACAAGGUGCAAAUUAAUCUCAAUAAGCACUUGGGCCUUGUCGACAGGCCAUAUAAGGAGCCGUUAACAAGACAAAAUAUUGAAGAACUUCUGGAUAUUUAUCAUGACCAAGUCAGCCUAUGCAUGAAGAACGAGGGAAAUAAGCACAAAGUGGUUGAACAAGUAAUUAAAGCCGUUAGAAAUCUUUGUAAGAUUAUCGAUGGUGUUGAGACUCAGGAGAUAACAGAGGCCGUGAAGAAGUUAAAGAGAGCUGUAAACUUACCAAGGAGCCGCAGUAUAGACGCUUCAUGCAAACCAAAAGAAGACGGACCCCACUUGAUUGCUUCUGAUGCUGCAGCACAGUGUGAAAGUCCUUUACAAGAAAGUUUAACUUUAUUGACAACAGCAGUUCACAAUCUUUUGCUGCUCCACUUUAAUUCAUGCAGUAAUCUUGUUACAUCAUCUAGCAGCACUAAACCCCUGAAGGAAGCAAGUACAUCCACUGACCACCUCCAAUUCACCAUUUUUGCAGCCCAUGGACUUCCCAUUAGUUGGGUAUCUAGCUUUGAAAAAUACUAUUUGAUUUGUUCACUUAUCCACAAUGGAAAAGAUGUGUUCAAACCUGUCCAGUCAAAAAAAGUUGGAACGUACAAAAGCUUCUUUUAUCUUGUCAAGUGGGAUGAACUGAUCAUUUUUCCCAUUCAGAUAGCACAACUGCCGCUUGAAUCCACUCUGCAACUCAAACUUUAUGGACUAUUGAAUCCAAAUAGUGGAGGCUCUCCUGAUUCUAACAAACAGAGGAAAGGACCUGAGCUAUUAGGUCAGGUAUCUCUACCACUGUUCAAUUUUAAAAGACUUUUAACAUGUGGAACGAAACUUCUGAACCUUUGGACAUCAUUCCACGCAAGCCCAGGUGCAGGCACAAUUAACCGGAAAACAAAUCCAAUGCAAAAAAUAGUUUUGCAA